AUGCUGAAGCCCAACAACCAAGCUCUCGCCUCUGGGCUGGAGCUGCCUAAGUGGACAGCGGUACCAAGCCAGGCUUCAGAUUAUGAAGUCGGGCAGUAUGAACCAGCUAAAUGGGUUGCCACUCCUGUUAAAUCAAUGGACUAUGAUUCAGCUGUCAGCACUGGCUUCAUGAAGCUCUUUAACUAUAUUCAAGGCAAGAAUGAGAAAGGGAUGAAGAUAGAGAUGACAGCUCCAGUAACAUGCCAUGUGGAACCUGGUGCAGGCCCAUUCUGCGAGUCCACUAUUACAGUCUCUUUUUAUAUACCAUGACAUCAAGCUAAUCCACCUAAGCCAUCAGAGUCAGAUAUUUUCAUUGAAAACAGACCAGAAAUGAUUGUAUUUGUCAGGUCUUUUGAAGGAUAUUCUAGUGCCACAAAGAACCAAGAAGACCUACUGACACUAGCAGAAAGGUUGAAGCAGGAUGGGAAAGUGUUUGAUGAAAAGGUUCCCUGGAUAAGUUGUGGCAGGCUGCCACAAACACUGAACACUCCGAGUCCAGGCUCUCAUGCAGCUGCCAAAGGGACACAAUUGCAAUUUCCUAGGCUGAAGCAUGCUCAGUGAACACAGUGAGUCGGAG